AGCGGUUGCCAAAGCAAGACUCGGACAGGCCUAUAUAAAAACAAGCUCAGAAUCGUAGUAUCUCUGCCGCAGACAUCAGAGGCACAGAAUACAUUUACCUGACACGGGAUCUGCUUAUUCCCUACAUCCCCAGAAGCAAUAUGCACUUGAGCGCAUGCAAGUCGUGCCACCUGCUAUUCUUGUUUUGUAUUCUUGUGAGGAGUUGCCAGGCGUUCAAGAAUGAUGCUACGGAGAUCCUAUACUCGCACGUGGGUACUCCUGUGCAGGAUGCCCCGAGCAAUGUCUCUUUAAAUCGGGCAAGAAACGGCGGGAGAGGCGCGGGAAAUAUUGCUGGGAACUAUAGAGUUGAUCAGAGAAGCCAAGUUGGAUGUAGAGAGCUGAGGUCCACCAAGUACAUCUCUGAUGGCCAAUGCACAAGCAUCAACCCCAUAAAGGAGCUAGUAUGUGCUGGCGAGUGCCUCCCCGCUCAGAUGCUUCCCAACUGGAUCGGCGGCGGCUACGGCAGAAAGUUCUGGAGCCGGAGGAACAGUCAGGACUGGCGCUGCGUCAACGACAAGACGCGCACCCAACGCAUCCAGCUGCAGUGCCAGGACGGCAGCACAAGAACGUAUAAAAUCACCGCGGUCACCUCGUGCAAGUGUAAGAGGUACUCCCGGCAACACAACGAGUCGAGCCAUAUGAAGUUUGAGGAGCCUGCCUUGCCUCGGCCCCAGCAUCUCCACAAGCACAAAGCCAAAGCCAAAAGGAGGCUAGGGAAGAUCAAGCUAAAUGAGAAUUGGCAUGAAGCAGAGCCCUAAGGCAGGACUGCAGAAUGCCUCAGUGACUGUGGUCUUGGAUUAUCUCUUUAUUGGGACUGGCUUGUUGUGAGGAGGACCACUGAAAGUGACUUUGUAAAAGCGAAUGGCAUUGGUUGCUUGCUAUUUGAGGACCAAUGAGCACCAUUGAAUCAUUAGCUACUAAGAUGAAAUGAACCUAAAUGGGGUCAUCAUGACCAAUAGAACUUUCUGGAACUUUAAGAUAAUUCGCAUCAUUCAAGUUCUUGUAUGACAAUGUAAACCUGCUCUUCACUCCAUUAUACAAACACAGUUUUACAGCCAAUAUAAUGUAAAAAAAAGUAAGCUCUGCACGAAAAGGGGUUUCCCAUCACAAAAGCACCACAAAUACACAAUGUAAAUAGGUGUACAUAUAUAGUAUGAUAUCACAUGUCCUCUGAAGUAUGGUAACAUAUGUAUAAACUUUUUCUAUAAGAUGUAUAUGAUGUAAUAUAUAUGUUGUAUUGCUAUUCAUUUGAUAAACCUUUUUUAACAUGCAUCACACACAUUUAGCAAGAAGUUGUCAUUGCUCAUAUUUUCAUUUGAAAAAAUAAAAUAAAUGUUA